AUGUCAGCCAUGAACUGGACCACUCACCAUCCUUCCCACUUUAUCCUUCUCGGGAUCCCAGGCCUACAAGACUUUCAUCUCUGGAUCUCCGUCCCCUUCUGCUCCAUCUACGUAAUCUCCCUUUUGGGGAACACCCUUCUUUUGGGGGUCAUCAAGAGCGAGCCGAGCCUCCACGAGCCCAUGUACUUAUUCCUCUGCAUGCUGGCAAUUGCAGAUGUCAUAAUUUCCACUUCCACCAUUCCCAAAAUGCUCAGCAUUUUCUGGUUUCAGGACAGGAGCAUCCCUGCCGACGCUUGUUUAGCCCAAAUGUUCCUGGUCCAUUCUGUUUCCACCAUGGAGUCCGGAUUCUUUGCCACCAUGGCCUUUGACCGCUACGUGGCGAUAUGCGAUCCGCUGAGGCACUCUGCCAUCUUGACCCACCGGGUCAUCGCUAACAUGGGCUUGGCGGUUUUUUUCCGAGGGACCAUCCUCCUCUGCCCCCACCCCUUUCUGCUCAAGUGGCUCCCAUUUUGCAAGGGCAACACCAUUGCCCACACUUACUGCGAGUUCAUGUCCCUGGUGAAGCUGGCAUGUUUCAAUAGUCGGAUGGUCAGCCUUUUCAGCUUGAUGGUGGCCUUCCUGACGGGUGGCCUGGACUUCCUCUUCAUUGUGAUGUCCUACGUCCUGAUCCUCCGGACGGUGUUCAGGCUUCCCACCAAACAGGCCCGAAUCAAAUCUCUUAGCACUUGUGGAUCACACUUCAUUGUGAUCUUGAUAACCUACACUCCGGCAUUUUUCUCCUUUUUCACUCAUCGCUUUGGCCACAGGAUCCCUCCAGGGGUCCACAUCAUGGUUGCCAACAUCUAUAUCCUGGUUCCACCCAUGAUGAACCCCAUCAUCUAUGGAGCAAGGACAAAGAAGAUCCGGGAAAAGCUUCUUCGGCUCAGAACCGAAAAAAGUUCUUCGAUGAGAAGCAAAACGUCUUGA